ACAUAUCCUGCUGCGUAGCUCACAAACCUGCUGUGCGGUCAACCUUAAGGCACACCCGGACAACGCAGGGCGGGUAACCAGACCUCACACAGUCAGCUACACCAGAAUAUCGCCAUUUCCCAUCGCGACGCCCCCUCGACGGGGGGUUGGAAGGCCGAUCAGGCAACCAAGGAACAAGAAGAGUCGGCAGGCACUGACAGGAUGGGCGGAUCAGCGAAGCGAUGCCUGCACAAUGGUUGCAUGAAAACGCCAACGUUGGGCGUCGCUGGGUCUCGAAGGCCUGAAUUCUGUAGGGCCCACGCGGAAGACGACAUGGUCAACUGCGUCAGCAAGUUGUGCGACUCCCCAGGUUGUUGGAAACGACCUUCCUACGGCAUGACCGGGGGCAUAACGGCGGAGCGCUGCCUUUCCCACGCUACGGACGGCAUGGUUAACUUCCGCAACAACAUGACGACCUGCAAGCAACAAGGAUGCAUGAAGCAGCCUUCGUACGGUGAAGUCGGGAAAGGCGCGAAGUUCUGCGCGCCUCACCGUAAGCCCGGUAUGAUCGAUGUCGUCAGCAAGAACAAAAGGUGCCGUCAUCAAGACUGCAUGAAGCGAGCGUCGUUCGCCACGAGUGAUAACGACAAGGGACAAUUCUGCGCGCAGCAUGCUUUACCCAAUAUGAAAGACGUCACCAACAAGAACAAGCGAUGCAGGCUAGCCGGCUGCAUGACGCGGGCGUCCUACGGUGUGGCCGGAGACAAGAAACCCACAUUUUGUGCGGUACACGCUACAGUCGGAAUGACGAGGACCUACUUGCGCAAGACGAAGCUAACAAUCUGCCGCGCUCAGGGUUGCACAAAGGAACCGCAACACGGCGAGAAUGGACUCAAGAAUUCCGAAUUAUGCGUGACCCACGCAGACGAGAAGGUGGUCUUCGUCUUGAAGAAACAGAAUUCCAAGGGCACUCAAUCGAGCCCUGACAUCAAACAGGAGCUGACCGCCGCUUCGACGGCCGAAAUCGACAACGGCGAAGGAAAAGAGGGCUCGCGGGGAGCUCACCAACCUUCGGCCGACCGUGCCUUCAUGGGGCUCGCAAAAAGGAAAAGGAGCCAUCCGAGCGGCCAUCCUGCCGAUUCUACCAGUUCCGAUCUACAGCGGUAGUUGUGCUGUCUGGCAGGCAGUGUCAAAAUCAAACAAGAGUGUUACCGUUAUGUUAUGUCGCACAAGAGUUAUACGGUUUGUACGAGUGCAGUGGGCAUGAGCUAUGGGGUUCUCUUUUUGUGUCGUCCACUCAUGGCUUGGCAUCAAGUGUUAUCCAGCGCUGUGUUCUCUCAUUUGUACAAAAUUGGCUCGAUAGAUUUUUUGCUGGUCCAAAGCUGCACCUCUCUCAGCAACUCGGGUACCCAGAGUAAACCGCCCAAUUAACGAACGCUUAAGCCAACCCUCGCGCCAAAAGCUCAUUCUCGGGC